UUCUGCCCGACAUCAGACGACGUUGUUAGUCAUACAAGACUAAACAACACCUUCAACAACAUUAGGCAAGAACAACGAAAAGCUUCUUUCAUUCACUUAAUUGUUUGGCUGUGACAGUCGAAGAGUUAGCAAAAUGAAUCGUCUUUUCGGGAAAGCAAAGCCCACGGAGCCACCUCCAAACUUGACGGAUUGUAUCGCUGGGGUUGACAGUCGGGCAGAAUCAAUUGACAAGAAAGUCCAACGAUUGGAGCAAGAGCUUGUUAAGUACAAGGACCAACUGAAGAAGAUGCGGGAGGGUCCUGCAAAGAACGCUGUCAAACAAAAGGCACUACGUGUUUUGAAACAGAAGAAAAUGUAUGAGACACAGUCUGAUAACCUCAGGCAACAAGCAUUCAACAUGGAACAGGCUAAUUAUGCUCACCAAUCAAUAAAAGAUACCCAAUCAACAGUUGUUGCUAUGAAAGCUGGAGUGAAAUCUAUGCAAAAAGAAUUCAAGAAAAUCAAUAUUGACGAGAUUGAGGAUAUUCAAGAUGAUAUGGCAGAUAUGCUUGAAAUGUCAGAAGAAGUACAAGAAGCAUUGGGUCGCUCAUAUGGCACACCUGAUAUUGAUGAAUCUGAGCUAGAAGCUGAGCUCGAUGCACUUGGAGAUGAGAUUGCACUAGACGAUGACACUUCAUACUUAGAUGAUGCCGUGUCAGCUCCUGCUGCUCCUGAUCGCGAACCUGGUGCAGAUAGCAUUGAUUUACGAAAUAAGGAUGGUGUUUUAGUGGAUGAAUUUGGAUUGCCAAAGAUACCAGCUUCUUUGAAAAGUUAAUGUCAAAUAAGUUUUUCGUGGAGAGACUCCUUCAAAACCAAUGUCCUUAGCCUAUUGUAAGCAUAUAUUUUCACCAUGCAAAUAAAAUUCUACUAAGUGCCUUGAGGUGUACCUUUCAUAAUGAUGUUUUUUUGUUUGAAAUUUCGUGAUUAUUUGCUUCUGCACAAUUUGUUACCUUGUUAUUACUUAAAGACCUAUUAUUUUACUCGUUGUAUUGCACAUGAAACUUAUAACAGCUUGUUUACUUCAUUUUCCUUUUAUAUAAAUAAAGCGUCUAAAACCUGUUAAA